GCAGUAAGUUAGAGCUGCUUAGAUUUAACACUUCAGCACCUGAACGGUGGGGAGGGGAGGAAGUAGCUUCUGGUCUUCUAUUAUUUAACUAAUUUUCCUCCACUCUUUGGCUUUGCAUAUCAUCACAGCUGUGCUUCACCUACAAACUGCCAAGAUGUCCAGGGUAGCAAAAUACAGAAGGCAAGUCAGUGAAGAUCCAGAUAUUGAUAGCUUAUUGUCUACUUUGUCUCCAGAGGAGAUGGAAGAGCUAGAAAAGGAGUUGGAUGUGGCUGAUCCGGAUGGAAACAUCCCUUUGGGGCUCAGGCAGAGAAACCAAACUGACAAGCACUCAACUGGCUUAUACAACCGAGAAGCAAUGCUCAACUACUGUGAAAAGGAGACCAAGAAACUUAUUCAGAGGGAACUGUCAGUGGACGAAGGGAUGCCAGCAGAGAGGAAGAAAGACCCCAGGAAUCUGGAAGGAAAGGGCAAGGAAGCUCGUUCCCAAGACCUUGUCAGGAAACGAGACUUUGAUCUGGGAAAAGAACGUAACAAAGGAGAAUGUGCUCAGAGAACAAGUUACAAAGAGAAAGAAGAACUAGAGAGUAAAUGCAAUGAGAAACCCAAAGGAGAAAAGGCCCCCAAGGACAAAGACAAGGCCAUGGACAAAAAACUCAUAGGAAAGGACAGAAAGGAAGAAGAGAAGACUGCAGCACCAAAGAAAGAGCUAGGAAAGGACAGAAAGGAAGAAGAGAAGAGUGCAGCACCAAAGAAAGAGCUAGGAAAGCACAGAAAGGAAGACGAGAAGAGUGCAGCACCAAAGAAAGAGCUAGGAAAGGACAGAAAGGAAGAAGAGAAGACUGCAGCACCAAAGAAAGAGCUAGGAAAGGACAGAAAGGAAGAAGAGAAGACUGCAGCACCAAAGAAAGAGCUAGGAAAGGACAGAAAGGAAGAAGAGAAGACUGCAGCACCAAAGAAAGAGCUAGGAAGGAAUAGAAAAGGAGAAGAAAAGAGAGAAAAGGAGAGUAAAGAAGAAGAAAGGUGUUCAGCUUUAAAGAAAUACUCAAAGGUUGAUGGUAAGGAGAAAUCACGUACAGACUCCAAAGGAGUCACUGAGGAAAAGCCUCUUCUGUCACCAGAGACAGGGCCUAAACAGAUCCCAGAAAACAGCCCCUCAAAACCUGUGGAUAGCCCCCCAAGCCAGACCAAGGAAGAGGAAGAAGCAGCUUCCAGUAUCUUUGAUGAGCCCUUAGAAAGAGUGAAGAAUAAUGACCCAGAGAUGAUGGAAGUCAAUGUCAAUAACUCCGACUGCAUCACCAGUGAAAUCCUGGUGCGCUUCACAGAGGCCUUGGAAUUUAACACCGUAGUCAAAGUGUUUUCACUGGCCAAUACCCAUGCUGAUGACCAUGUGGCAUUUGCCAUCGCCAUUAUGUUGAAGUCAAACAAGACACUAACUAGCAUCAAUCUGGACUCUAACCACAUCACAGGUAAAGGGAUCCUGGCCAUCUUCCGUGCACUGCUGCAGAACAACACCCUGACAGAGCUGCGUUUCCAUAACCAGAGACACAUCUGCGGGGGGAAGACGGAGAUGGAGAUAGCCAAGCUGCUGAAGGAGAACACCACCCUCCUGAAGCUGGGCUAUCAUUUUGAACUGGCAGGUCCCCGCAUGACAGUCACAAACCUGCUGAGUAGGAACAUGGACAAGCAGAGGCAGAAACGCCUGCAGGAGCAGAAGCAGGUUCAGGAACGUAGCGAGAAGAAGGAUCUGCUAGAGGUGCCAAAGGCAGGCGGCUUGCUAAAGGGGUCGCCCAAGCCUUCACCACAGUCAUCCCCAAAAUCUUCCCCAUGGUCUUCCCCUAAAAGUUCUCCUAAGAAGGGUGGGCCUCCGGCUGCACCUCCCCCACCCCCACCUCCACUAGCCCCACCCCUGAUCAAUGAAAAUAUAAGGAAUUCUCUCUCUCCAGCCACCCAGAGGAAGAUGGUGGAGAAGGCACUUCCUGCUCAGGAGAAGAACUCAAGGGACCAGCUGUUGGCGGCCAUUCGAUCCAGCAAUGUCAAACAGCUAAAGAAGGCAAGUGAGGGGCCGAGGAGCUGGGAUCUCCACAGAACAUUACCAGGUUCAUUGGGUGACCCAAGAUUUCAGGUCUAGCUUUAGAUUCCUUCCCUCC